CACUGUUUAGUCGCAUUCACAAACAGUUGAGUGUGCCAAUUCUAAGUUUUCAGUUCCAUAGCUCGAUUUGUUGCUGUUUUUUUAUAAUACAUUUUGGUUGCGAUGCAGGAGGACGCGAAUUUAGUGGAAUUUCAACGUGGCGAACUCACCCGAAAAAUGGAAGCUGGGAAGGACGUUGUUAUUCAGACCGAUCGGGCCGCGGUGCUGCGUAAUGUGGAUUGCCCAAAAGCGGAAUAUCAUUUUGUUAUUUUUCCCAGAGAGGACAUUAAAAAUGUCACAGCGCUAAAACGGGAGCAUCUGCCCCUUCUGGACCACAUGAUGGAUCUAGCUAACGAAAUCAUUGAGCAGCAGCCUUUGCCCUCUAAUAAUUUUCGGGUUGGCUUCAAGAUUGACGCGUUCAUGAAUCGCUUAAAUAUGCACAUUAUUUCGGAUGACUUCUAUUCCAGCUUUAUGCGUCGCAUUCAGCACUGGAACACUUUUAACACAGACUUGUUUAUAACUUUUCAAGCUGUAUACGCACUUCUGCGCGUCAACGGAUCUGUUGAACCUAUGCCCGCCGAUAAGGCGGAAGAAUUGCGUAUGGCCACGCCCAUUCAUUGCAACCAGUGCAGUUUUAUUACAGAUAAUUUUAACAAAUUCAAGAUUCAUUUGUAUGACCAUUGGAGAAAACGACAAAGUGAGCAUCUAAACAAAAUGGGCGUGGCACAAUUGUCACAAUCAAUUGGACAAAUGCAUUUGAAUGCCAACAGCAACAUUUGUGGAUAUGCACCACCAUUUAAUGGAACAGCUUAUGCUAUGGGUGGAUGGACUGAUUUCUUGAUAAGAAACUUUCGAGGACCAGUUGGACCUCAACAGCGACUAAAUAUGAAUUUCCAAAGACCAUAUCAAAUGAAUAACAAUGCACCGUCAUCAUCUCAGGCAAACAGCAAAAACUUUGAUCAGAUGCAUUUCAAUGCCCCGAAUCCAGGAUUGCACAACAACCGACUUGACUGCUGGCAGCAAGUUAAAUCUAAACAAACUGCCAAUGAUGUGCAGCAGACGAAGGCGAAUCUGCCUGUCAACACAGCUAGUAAGUCGAAUGGUAAUGCUACCUCAAACAUAUGUCCCAACAAAAAUGCCGGAUAUAUUCAACAUCGUGUUCCGGAUCAUUCACAACGUAAUCCAAUCGAUGCUAAGCCGUUUAUCAAAAAGAAAUGGCAUAACAAGCCGAAGAAAAAUAACCAAUACCCGCCAGACUCCAAGACAAUCAAUGGUAAGGACAAUGCGCCUGACGAGGCCUAACUUGAUUUAAAUGAUUCUUUAAUAUAUAUUUGACUGCUGUUCAGAGCGUUCUUAAUCUUA